UAUCGCGAGAGUUGGUGGAGGUGUUCACGCGGCCAGCGUGCACGAGCGCCGUGGAGACGCUCUUUUCUGGUGAAGCUGCAGAGAGCGAGAGGAGCGCGUGGAGCACAGACACAGCCUCAACAUGGUGCUGCUACACGUGGUGUUUGAGCACGCCGCCGGAUACGCGCUGUUCGCCGUGAAGGAGGUGGAGGAGAUCGGCAUGCUGCUGCCGCAGGUGGAGGAAAGUGUCCUGAACAUCGGCAAAUUCAACAGCGUGGUAAAACUGAAGGCUUUCUUCCCCUUUAAGUCUGCUCAGGCCGCCCUGGAAAACAUAAACGCCAUUUCAGAAGGAGUUGUCCAUGCUGAUCUUAAGCUGUUUUUGGAGACCAACUUGCCUUUAGGAGGCAAGAAAAAGGCAGUGUUGGGGGUGGCUGAUGGCAAGAUCGGCGCGGCGCUGCAGGAGGAGCUGGACUUGUCCAUCCAGACUGGUGGGGUGGUGGCGGAGAUCCUCAGAGGUGUGCGCUUGCACUUUCACUCUCUAGUGAAGGGCCUCACGGCUCAGGCUGCGUCCAAAGCACAGCUUGGUCUGGGUCACAGUUACUCCCGGGCUAAGGUCAAGUUCAACGUAAAUAGAGCUGACAACAUGAUCAUCCAGUCCAUUGCUCUGCUCGAUCAGUUGGACAAGGACAUCAACACGUUCUCCAUGCGGGUUCGUGAGUGGUAUGGCUACCACUUUCCUGAGCUGAUCAAGAUAGUAAGCGAUAAUGCCACUUACUGCAAGCUGGCCAAGUUUAUCGGGAACAGGAAGGAGCUGAGUGAGGAGAGCCUGGAGCCUCUGGAGGAGAUCACAAUGGACAGCGCUAAAGCCCAGGCAAUCCUGGAAGCAUCCCGCUCAUCUAUGGGAAUGGACAUCUCCCCCAUCGACCUGAUCAACAUCGAGAGUUUCUCAAGUAGAGUCGUGUCCCUCACUGCUUACAGACAGGAGCUGCAGGAGUACCUGCGCUCCAAAAUGUCUCAGGUGGCCCCCAAUCUGGCAGCCCUCAUCGGUGAAGUGGUUGGCGCUCGUCUCAUCUCCCACGCUGGAAGCCUGACUAACCUGGCCAAGUAUCCGGCCUCUACAGUGCAGAUCCUCGGAGCAGAGAAGGCCCUGUUCAGGGCACUGAAGACGAGAGGAAACACACCAAAGUACGGUCUGAUUUUCCACUCCACCUUCAUCGGCCGCGCUGCUGCCAAGAACAAGGGACGCAUCUCCCGUUACCUUGCUAAUAAGUGCACCAUCGCCUCUCGGAUCGACUGCUUCGCCGAGGUUCCUACGAGUGUGUUCGGAGAUAAACUGAGAGACCAGGUGGAAGAACGGCUAGCAUUUUACGAGACCGGUGAGACGCCGAGGAAGAACCUGGAUGUCAUGAAAGAGGCGGUUGCACAGGCUGGUGAAGUGGCAGCAGAGAUCAAGCGCAAAAUUGAGAAGAAAGAGAAGAAGAAAAAGAAGCGUGAGAAGAGAAAACUGGAAGCUCUGUCCACAGCUGAGGGAGAGGAAGAAGCGGUUGAAGCCAAGAAGGCCAAAGCUAACUGCAGUGCUGAGACACAAGAAAACGGAGACUCUGAGGUGACUGUCAAGAAGAAGAAGAAAAAGAAGGCAGAAGGGAAGGAGGAGGAAGAGGCAGAAGGGAAGGAGGAGGAAGAGGUGACGACAAACGGUGUGGAAGAGGCAACUCCUCAGAAGAAGAAAAAGAAACGAAAGAGUGAGACCGUCGAACCUGAGCCAGAGGUGAUGGAGGAAGCUGAGGCUCCUGAACCUGAGCAGACUGAGAAGAAAAAGAAGAAAAAGAAAAAGAAGGCAGAUGAAUAAGGAUGAGACAUCCUUUAAUAACGAACAGUUUUUUUUUUUUUAAUACUGUACAGCUUUUUUUUUUGUUUGUUUUUUGUCUGAAUCUUUUUCAGAAUGUGCUGCAAAAUCUUUCAGUUCUUUAUUGCUUUUUCUUUUUUCAUUUAAGACUGAGUAUAAGUGAGCGCUGUGCCUUGAGAGUUCAGAUUAAACAGUCUGCUCGUUUCAGUAGUCCACCUCUUAGCUGUUCUAAAUGUUGUAUCGUCCACGCUUACUGUGAAUAUUCUGUCUAGCAAAAAAAAAAAAAAAAGGGUCUUGAGUAAAUGCUUCAUAAUGAAAACAUGCAUUAAGAGGGUUCCAUUAUAAAAAAUCUAUCUUGCUUUUUAUUGGUCUGUGACUGUAAAGAUCACUGCAGCUCUUUGAACCACCAUUAUUUAAUAUCGUCUUGUACAAUAUUUUUAGAUGAAAAUAAAAUCUGUACAAUUUCCCAUA